UGCGGGCACCUCUCGAGUAAGGCCCCAGCCUUCGCGGGUUGCCAGGCAGAGCCUGACGCCCGCCAGCUCCCAGCUCCACGCCCACCGUUCUCCUGGAGCGCCGGGCCUUUGCUGGCCUUACGUGCAGCCACGGGCUCGGAGAUGGAGCCGCUGCUCCUGGCCUGGAGCUAUUUUAGACGCAGGAAGUUCCAGCUCUGCGCCGAUGUAUGCACGCAGAUGCUGGAGAAGUCCCCUUAUGACCAGGCAGCUUGGAUCUUGAAAGCAAGAGCACUAACAGAAAUGGUAUACGUAGAUGAAAUUGAUGUAGAUCAGGAAGGAAUUGCAGAAAUGAUGCUGGAUGAAAAUGCUAUUGCUCAAGUUCCACGCCCUGGAACAUCUUUGAAACUUCCUGGAACUAAUCAGACAGGAGGGCCUAGUCAGGCUGUUAGGCCAAUCACACAAGCUGGAAGACCCAUUACAGGUUUCCUCAGGCCCAGCACACAGAGUGGAAGGCCAGGCACUAUGGAACAGGCCAUCAGAACACCCAGAACCGCCUACACAGCCCGUCCUAUCACCAGCUCCUCCGGAAGAUUUGUCAGGCUGGGAACGGCUUCCAUGCUCACAAGUCCUGAUGGGCCAUUUAUAAAUUUAUCUAGACUGAAUCUAACAAAAUAUUCCCAGAAACCUAAGUUGGCAAAGGCUUUGUUUGAGUAUAUCUUUCAUCAUGAAAAUGAUGUUAAGACUGCUUUGGAUCUGGCUGCCCUCUCCACAGAGCAUUCUCAGUACAAGGACUGGUGGUGGAAAGUACAGAUUGGAAAAUGUUACUACAGGUUAGGAAUGUAUCGUGAAGCAGAAAAACAGUUUAAAUCAGCCCUGAAACAGCAGGAAAUGGUAGAUACAUUUCUGUACUUGGCAAAAGUUUAUGUCUCAUUGGAUCAACCUGUGACUGCUUUAAAUCUUUUCAAACAAGGCUUAGAUAAGUUUCCAGGAGAAGUAACUCUGCUCUGUGGAAUUGCAAGAAUCUAUGAGGAAAUGAACAAUAUGUCAUCAGCAGCCGAAUACUACAAAGAAGUUUUGAAACAAGACAAUACUCAUGUGGAAGCCAUUGCAUGCAUUGGAAGCAACCACUUCUAUUCUGAUCAGCCAGAAAUAGCUCUCCGGUUUUACAGGCGACUGCUGCAGAUGGGCAUUUAUAACUGCCAGCUUUUUAACAAUCUGGGGCUGUGUUGCUUCUAUGCCCAGCAGUAUGAUAUGACUCUGACCUCAUUUGAACGUGCCCUUUCUUUGGCUGAAAAUGAAGAAGAGGCAGCUGAUGUCUGGUACAACUUGGGACAUAUAGCUGUGGGAAUAGGAGAUACGAAUUUGGCCCAUCAGUGCUUCAGGCUGGCUCUGGUGAACAACAACCACCACGCCGAGGCCUACAACAACCUGGCUGUGCUGGAGAUGCGGAAGGGCCACGUUGAACAGGCAAGGGCACUAUUACAAACUGCGUCAUCUUUAUCACCCCAUAUUUAUGAACCGCAUUUUAAUUUUGCAACAAUCUCUGAUAAGAUUGGGGAUCUGCAGAGAAGCUAUGUUGCUGCGCAGAAGUCUGAAGCAGCAUUUCCAGAGCAUGUGGACACACAACAUUUAAUUAAACAAUUAAGGCAGCAUUUUGCUAUGCUCUGAUUGUUCCUUAGACCACAUAUGUUCUUAUGAAGAGGCAUUAUGCGAGGGGAAAAAAGAACUAUGUAUGUCUAUGUAUGUAUAUAGUUUUAUAUGUAUAUUUUACAAACCUGUCUUUGAUAUUAGUGAAUGUGACACAUAAGGAAGUUGAAACCAGAAUGUAUGAUGAAAAUUUUAUAGAAAUAGUAACUUUGUAAAAUAAUAUUAUAAAGUACAAGAUUUAACCCUUUCCAAGUUGAUCAUCAAACUUGCUCCCACAUUAUACAGUAGAUGUUUCUUUAUAAUGUUUAUAAAACAUUUUGGUGAAUUUCCUCAUUUUUUUAUAAAUGUACACUUUUUAAGUCCUUAAGCUAUUAGCUAUCAUGUAGCUUAAGAAGUCUAAAACCUGCCAUUAAAACUGCACCUUUAAGACAGGUGUGGUAAGCAUGUGCCUAUAGUCCCAGUUGGUUGGGAGGUGGAGGUGGGAGAAUUAUAAACAGAGACUUUACUUAAGACUUUUAAAAUGUAUUUAAAACUAUUUUUAUUAAAUACUUUUAGAUUACCUGUUAAGCUUUAAAAUAAAUCUGUGUGUAAAACACCAUCAUUUCA